GGCAUAAGUCGAACUAUCGACAAUGAAUAGUGUUCGAGUUCGAUUAAUCGGACUUACCUAUCCCUAAUAGGAUCCUAUUGAUAUGGAUUUAGACGAGGAGCAACUUCAAUGGAAGCUGAGGACCAGAGGCAAAUGUCAAACAUUCUUGUUACAAUCAGAUUAUUUGGAACUCAAGCCAAGGGCACGUAGGGGCAAAUGUUUAGGAGCUGCCGUAGAAGCUUUAGAAGAAGUAAUGCGUGACAACGAAUCGUCUACAACAGAGUACUCAUAUAUCAGCAAUGACAUAUGGUUCCAUUUGGCUAACUAUAUUGCACCUGAAGAUGUUCAAAGAUUCGCCAUGAUUUGUACACAAUCAGCUGAAUGCUUAAAAUCAAGACACUUUUGGAUACAGUUGUAUAGGAAGCAUUGUCAAAAAUCCAAAGAUAGAAAUAAGUGGGUAUUACAAUUACCAUCCCAUUUACAAAUGCAUCAGUUAACGCAGUGUGAUACCAACAUAUUGAGGCAACAAGUUAUUAAGGCGCUAUUCUUCUGUCAUCCUCCGUUUGUUGAUCGUCUUAAAGACAAUUACAAGUUGGAAUCUUUGGUUGGAAAAACAUAUCAAUCAUCAUGGCAUCUGACCGUGCAAUGCGUUUGGAUAAUGGUUUACAAAUUUCGGGAUAAUGCUGCUGCCACAAUUUCUAAACAUAAUGCAGCGUCUACAAAGAAUUCAUCAUCAACGAAUAAUGAACAGGUUGAUACAGUUGUCAAUGAUUGGGAAUCUUUAGCCGAAAAUGAAGAACACACUGAGAGGAAUAAUAAUACAAAAACUACGAAGGCAUUAAGUACUGCACCCUCUUCUGUAGAUAAUUGCAAUGGCCUGAAACUUUUGAUAAUAUGCUGUGAUCGUUUCAUACCAUUUCCGUCUGAUUUUCUUUGUACAAACUCAUCUUCCACAAUACGGUUAAAGGAUACAAGGGAACUGCUGUCUACCGAUAUGAGAUCGACAAAUUUAGAAUUGGAUUUUGUAUCUUUGACAGGAGACCAACGAAUCACAUGGAAAUAUCAGCACAUACAAAAAUAUAAAGUACUGCCGUGGUGGCAUCCAGAUUUUAGUAAAUUCAAUAAAUGUGAAUUGUGACUGAA